CCGACCAAGCCCCCCCACCCCCCCAGGCGCCGCGGACGGCGAGCCAUGGAGGAGACGGAAGGGAGCCUGUGGCACCAGUUCCCGUUGCUUCUGCCCCAGAACCUGGCGAAAACCGUGUAUGAAGGCUUCAUUACCGCGCAGCCAUCUAAAAGGAGUUGCUGUUGGAGUUCCAGAUUGGAAACACCUGAAAAGCGAUCUAUAUAUUUUUUUCCUCAGGGAAGAGACUUCCAUCUUAAAAUAUUGUUGCCUGAAGAUUUGCAGCUGAAGAAUGCCAGAUUACUAUGUAGUUGGGAGCUAAGGACAAUACUUUGUGGAUACCAACAAAUAAUACAACAAAGAAUGAAGCACUCUCCUGAUCUAAUGACCUUUAUGAUGGAGUUGAAGAUGGUCUUGGAAGUUGCUUUAAAGAAUAAACAAGAAAUGCAUGCACUACCUCCUUCUCCCCAGUUCUACUCAAGCCUUAUUGAAGAAAUAGGAAUUAUUGGUUGGGAUAAACUUGUAUAUGUGGAUUCUUCCUUCAGUACCAUCAAGUUAAAAGCUGAAGAUGCUUCUGGUAGAGAGCAUCUAAUCACUCUCAAGUUGAAAGCAAAGUAUCCUGCGGAAUCACCAGAUUGUUUUGUGGAUUUUCCUAUUCCAUUUUCUGUUUCCUGGACUACACAGAGCUCCAUAGUAAGCAUUCACAGUCAGUUUUUGGCAGCUUUGGAAUCACUAAAGUCAUUCUGGGAUGUUAUGGAUGAAAUCGAUGAGAAGACUUGGGUUCUUGAUCCAGAAAAACCUACACGGAGUGCAACAGCACGCAGAAUUGUAGUAGGGAACAAUGCUUCCAUCCACAUCGAGGUGGACCCCAAGCACCCCACCAUGCUUCCCGAGUGCUGCUUCCUUGGUGCUGACCAUGUGGUGAAACCCCUGGGAAUUAAGCUGAGCAGAAACAUACAUUUGUGGGAUCCAGAAAAUACUCUAUUACAAAAUUUGAAAGAUGUUUUAGAAAUUGAUUUCCCAGCUCGUGCUGUCCUAGAAAAAUCUGAUUUUUCUAUGGAUUGUGGAAUUUGUUAUGCCUAUCAACUUGAUGGUGCCAUUCCUGAUCAAGUGUGUGAUUAUUCCCAGUGUGGACAGCCUUUCCAUCAAAUAUGCUUAUAUGAGCUCCUGCAUUACUCUACUAGUUCAUUCCAGAUGUCCUUGUGCUUCAUUUUUUCAUCAUGUCCAGAAUACAUUCAUGGACUCCUAUUGACACAUAAAUUAAAUUGAUGGUACACUAGAAUCUUUCCGGAAACACCUCAUGUAACCACUUGCAAACUAUUAACUCACCUAGUUGGGAGUGGUAGUGGCAAUAAGGUGAAGGGGAACUAGCACUAAGGAGCACCUAUUACUUUUUAGGCUAGAUUUAAGUAUAGAGUAAAUGAAAUCUUACGUUUGAUAAAUGAGAACACAUUUUGUGAUCCGAGUAUCUCACAACACUUUUAAGUGACAUUUUAUUUGCUAUAUUGAAGUCUGCUUUUAUUCCUGUCUCUCAUCAUUUGCUCUGUAUAGCAUUCAUCUUAGUGCACAAUUGACUCAUGUUAAACUAUAUGUGCAUCUACAUACAAACCACUUAGCAGUUUUUGGUGCUUUCAAUUUUCUAAGUCUUCCAUAGUAUUACUACCUGGUUUUAACAGGGGGUAACUGAGUUAGAGAUGUCAGUUUACCUUAUUUAAAAAGCAUAUCAGUUCUAAUUAUAGGGAUUCUCUUAAGGGAACAUGUGUUUUCUUUUGUAAUAAUGAAUUUAUUCAGUUUUUAAAAAUGAACUGAUACUUGUAACUAAUUUUUGAGAAUUAACCCACUAUUGGUGAUUAACACCAGAAUUAAGACUUAACUUUUCAAGAGCCUAUCGUAUCUUUCAUCACAUUAGGUCUUAAAUUGCAAUUAAUGUAUUUAGGCAGAUCUGUGAGCCCCAUAUGCAUUAUUUGUCUGUUUCCGGGAUAGAAAAGAUAAUUUUCAUCAAAAUCUUACUGGGGUCCAUAAUUUAGUUAUACAGCACUGGAUAUAAACCUGGAAAUCCAUGUUGGUUUCCCUUGUUAUUCCACAUAUUAGUAGUCUGACAUUGGCUCAGAAAAUAUUCCCCUUACUCUUGCAAAAGAGAUUUAAGAAAGUAAAAUUUUUUUGGUAUUAUCUGUAAUCAUGCUAACACUGCUUCCUUUCUCUUUAAUAUCUUCAGUGGUUGAGAGGACUGCAGACUAGUCGACAGAGUUUUAACAUUUUAUUUGGUGAAUGUCCAUAUUGUAGUAAGGUAAGCUAUCACAUUUCAUAAAAUAUCCUUAGCGUUUAGUUAUGUGUUUUAGAAGAUAUCUUUAUGUAAACUUUUCUAAAACUUUCUAAGAUACAUUAAUUAUCAGAUUGCUCCUUUGAUCCUAAGAGGAGGUAAUCCCUCUUUUUUGGAGUAACAUUUUAAAAUUUUCUGGGGAUCUGAAACUUUAGAAAAGUAUUUUCCAAACUAUAUCAUGACACCAUUUCUUGUAUAAAAGCAAUUUUUAAUGUUUUUUUAGAAUGUGCACAAACUUUGUUAAAAUGUAUUUUUUUUUUUUUUAAAGCCAAUUACCUUGAAAAUGUCUGGGAGAAAGCCCUAAAAUAAGAACGUAACAUUUCUGUGAAUAACUAAAAGCUAUCAAAAGGAUUUUGUUCAAUAUCUUCAGAGAAAAUAUAAAGCAAGACCCAUUAACAUCAAAAGUAAAAGAAUGAUGAAGCCAUAAUAAUAUACGUCUGCUUUUGCCUCUUCACUAAGGGUAAACUGGGAAAUUGCAGACCAAAAUCCUGUAGAACUUAAGUCUGUGACUUCCAUACCAGCUGUGGAAGUGCACGUGUACCAAGAUGGGCAUCUGGACUUGAAUGUAUCUGGAUGGGUAGGAUCUUGAUGGGGUUCAUAAAAUGAGUUUGGGAACUGCAUAAAGCUCUCUUUUUGUGGAGAACUUUUUACUUCAUUCAAAAAUUCUUGCAACUCACAAUAUUUUUGUCUUCUCCUUGUGCUUUCCUAUGGGAAAAGAUAUAUUUAGUGUUAGAUCUGAAUUAUCCAGUAUUUAUUUUGUAUACUCAUGCUAAAUAAACUUUU